UAGUAAACAAGUUUUCGUCGCAAGAAAUCCUCCCAAAAAUCGCUGAAUCCUGUGAAAAUACGCUUCCUUGAUGACUGAAAAUGGAAAUGCGCGACGGCUUAACGUACUUUGACAACGAAAACGCGAGCGGCGAUUGUUCCAAUCUCCAAGAUUUGGUCAAAGAAAUGUCCAUCAACGAAGGUUACAGCUACAUAAUCCCAUCUUCGGAGAUCAAAAUUCAACGUCGUUUGGGCUCCGGCGAGUUUGGCGUCGUGCAACAAGCAAUUUGGCUGAAUGAGAACAAAAAAAUCACAGUUGCCGUCAAAUGUUUGACUCAAUCGAACAUCCAGAGCAAUCCAACGGAAUUUAUUAAAGAAGCACGGAUCAUGCAUGCGAUUAAACACGAAAAUAUCGUGAGAUUAUUUGGGAUUGUCUUAGAUGGCGAAACACAAAUGCUCGUUACGGAGCUAGCUUCGAUGCGAUCGUUGUUGGAAUGUUUGAAAGACACUGCCUUGCGCGAGGAUUUCUUGAAUGUACUUACCUUAUGUGACUUUAGCCAUCAAAUUUGCAAAGGCAUGGAGUACUUAGAGAGCAAACGACUGAUUCAUCGCGAUCUCGCAGCACGAAAUAUCCUCGUUUUCAGCAAACAUAAAGUAAAAAUUUCGGAUUUUGGACUUUCGAGGGCACUUUCUGUCGGCAAAACGUAUUACCAAACAAAUUUUUCGCCGACACUCAAGUUGCCAAUUGCUUGGUGCGCUCCCGAAUCGAUCAAUUUUUUGCGAUUUACAACGGCAAGUGACGUUUUUAGCUUUGCGGUGUGUUUAUGGGAGAUGUUCUCGUAUGGCAUGCAACCAUGGCAAGCGAUGACAGGACAACAAAUCCUCGAAGCGAUCGACGAACCGAAUUACCAAAGGCUUGAACGCCCGGAUUAUUGUCCCGAAAGUUAUUACAACCUAAUGAAACGAUGUUGGGAUCAUGAUCCUUUAAAACGCCCCAAAUUUUGCGAAAUUGUCGAUGUUUUGCCCAUGAUGAUGCCAAUUCAGGUUCGCGCUCUUUCAUCAUGUGACACUCGAGAGCCUGAUAUGUUGCGUUAUGACACGAAUGACAUCAUCACAGUGUUGGAUGCGACAAAAACGCCCUUCUGGAAAGGUACACUGAACAACGGGAGAGUUGGCUUUUUCGAUCCAAAGAAUUCGGAUUUUAGUCUGGGGGCGCAUGCAAUGACAACGACGACGACGAAACCACAUCCGACGAAAAGUACCAAGAAAAAGAGCAUUUUUUCGAAAGUUUUGAGUAGUCCGUCGCAUGCGUUGAAAUUCGAUAGUGGGCAAAAUGACAUGACGAAACAUUUGGUUGAAGAUCAGGAACAAUUGUUGCCAUUGACGCCUACAUCUCCGGAUUUGGCUCAUACUUUUGAUAAUAAACCGAAUAUGCAUUUUAAGUUUUUCGGACCUUACGAUACAGAACACGACCAAAAUACUCAUCGGUAUGAAGAUGUGCAGAACAGUAAUGUGUUACCGGCGAAUUUGAGACUCAUUUCGCCCAAAGAUCAGAAGAUUUUGGAUCAAGCGUUGGAAAUUGCGUACAAAUGUAGUACAAAAUCCAUGAAACACCCAAUCGACAAAAAUAAACGUAAAAACAAGAAAAAACUCAUGAGCACGGAAGAAAUAAACAACAGCAGUAACUCACGAUCGCUUGAUAGUUCAUCUACGCUUCCUACAAGCUACAAAGAAGGACGUCAUUUUACCGAAGUUAUCAAAGAAAAUAGUGAAAUCCUUUUUACGGAAGAAAGUAAAGAAGCUUAUGACAACUUAGUACAAAAUCUCAACAAAAAAGAUGACUCCAAGUUCCGAACACUUCCUGAUCGUUUCAAUGCAUCAUCCAUAACUGAUAAAUCUUCACCCUUCUCGCAUCGCCGAAAGCCUGACGAGAAUUUUCUCUCAUUUGAAGACACUUCAAACCGAAAUAAUAAUCUCACAACGUCAACAUCAGCUACGAAUGCGGUUCCUCUGCCUCCAAAACCUUCCAUUAAGCCUUCUGUCACGUGCACAAAACGCCAUGUUCGAAAACAUCCGUUGAUCGUGAAGCCGCAACCUGAAGAAAUCUCAAAUAUCUCGAAUAAUUCGCUCAAUAACUCGUUGAAUCACAGCAAGAUUGAAUAUGAAAAUAUUGAAUGCAACUUGGCAGUUUUGAAUGAUGUUAGUUUAAUCAAAUUUUAACAAUUUUUUUUAGUCUUCCUGUAACAAUGUUUAAGUUAAGCAUUCCUGUUCUUCCUAUUUUUUAAACAGUAUUUCUGUUUUUUUUAACAAAUUUCGAAUUAUUUUGAAUUUUUUAAUGGG